AUGGCGAAAUUUUACGACCCAUGUAUUGUUGCAGUCGGUGUCUCCGGCUUUGUUGGUGUUGUCGCCGGUGCCUAUGGGGCCCAUGCACUCCAUGGGCGAUUGACGCCCAAACAACAGUCAGCCUGGACCACAGCCGUUAAUAUAAACCUUAUCCACACCGCGGGCUGUUUAUCCGUGCUGGCUCUGCGUGAGUGCGUUGACCCCAAUGGCCCUGCCGCCAAACACCUUAACCGUGCGUUUCAUCUUCUGCUUUUGGGCACCACUCUCUUCGCUGGCACCAUCUACGCCACUUCUCUGGGUGUACCGGGCGGGGUGAUAGGGCGGCUGACACCCGUUGGUGGUGUGACGCUGAUGCUCGGAUGGCUCACCGUUGCCCUCGCCGGCUUAUAA